AUGAGUAGUCAAGCAGUGAACAGUAACGCCUUUUUCAAAAUUUAUUGGAUGGGUUUUCGCAUUUGCGGUGGCAAUCCGCCCGCCCAUCAAUACCGCAUCCCCUACUUUGUGUACGCUUUUGCGGUGAGCACUUUAGUGACUAUUUGUUAUCCGUUACACCUGGCCAUGGCGCUUUUCCACAACAAUUCACUCGGCAGCGACAUAAAAAAUCUGGCCGUAUGUGUCACCUGCAUCGCCUGCAGUUCGAAAUUCAUCAUUUUUACGCGGAAGUUAAGGAUUGUGCGCGAGAUUGAGCAAACCUUUUCGGAACUGGAUGCUCGAGUGAACAGCGAAGUGGAGCGAAAAUAUUUUGCUAGGAUGCGCAUAAGCGUACGGCGUAUCGUCUCCUUAUUUUUGUGUGUCUACGGUGCGGUUGGCAUGACGGCCGAGUUGGCGUUCCUUUUACGCGGGGAGCGUAGCCUUUUGUAUCCGGCUCGUUUUCCAUUCGAUUGGCGCACAUCCAAACGGAAUUUUUUGGUGGCAAAUAUAUACCAAAUUGUUGGUAUUUGCUAUCAGUUACUGCAAAACUAUGUUGACGACUCGUUGCCACCCAUAACCUGUUGCCUGCUCUCGGGUCACAUAAAGCUGCUGGGCAUGCGGAUGGCACGUAUUGGCUUUGACUGUGCAGACUUGGCGGAGAAUGAGCGAGAGUUGGUGCAGUGCAUUAAGGAUCAAAAGAAUCUUUACAAGCUAUUCAAUUUGCUGCAAGAAUUAAUCUCGCUGCCGUUGUUGAUUCAGUUCACUGUAACAGCUUUCAAUAUAUGCGUGGCCAUGGUGGUACUGCUGUUCUACAUAGAUACACCUCCUGAACGCCUAUACUAUUUGACCUAUUUCAUCUCCAUGCCUUUGCAAAUCUUUCCCAUCUGUUAUUACGGCAGCAGCCUUCAAUAUCUCUUCGCGCAGCUGCAGUAUGAAGUUUUCCGGUGCAACUGGCCAGAUCAAACGCAACGUUUUAAGAAGCAAAUGAUCCUUUUCACCGAGCGUGCCUCAAAGGAAACCACCGCCCUGGCUGGCGGCAUGAUAAGAAUACAUUUGGAUACUUUUUUCUCGACAAUAAAGGGUGCCUAUUCGCUGUUUGCUGUGAUCAUGAAAAUGAAGUAG